AUGUCGCCGUCUGGUCCAUUCUUUCUACCAGGUACAGCAAGGGUUUUGUCGAUCCUGCGCUCGGGUGAAGUGGUGAUGCUGGCACGUUGGCCAACAGCACUUGCCGUCUUCCCCUUUGCUUGGCUUGUAGGUCACCUCUGCUACCCUGAUUGGAGGAACAUCCCCAAGAUGAAUUUCCUAGACUAUUUGGCAAUAGCAAUUGCAUUCCUGUCCGGACUCAGGGUUUUCUUCCUAGACGAGACUUUAAAGACGAAGGAGCCCAAUGCGCCGUCAACACCAUAUGAGUCAGCAGCACAUGCAGCAACCAGCAUGAAGUCGGGGCAGCUCCUACUCCGAAAGCACCCAAAUUCAAAGCGCCUAGUCAUCAUCACAAUGUUCGUCAUGUUCUCCGUAUACCUGGCUGUCCCCAUCUCACCAACGGGACUGAUUUUUAACUUUCCUCUGGAAAACGAGACCCGUUCGGUUGGUUGGGUUGAGGAAGUUACUAAUGUCAUGUCUUCCUUACUCACUGCCAGUAUUCUUGGCGUUCCCUCGGAUGGUUCAUAUGCCAUGUUUGAAAUGGGUGGAGCAUCUUGGGAUUGUCAACGGAGUCGCACAAACUUCACUCGAGCAUUUUUCCCUGUAGCCGCAAAUAGUCUAUUUGCUCUCUCCGUUAAACAUGAUAUUCUCGGAGGCUACGCCGUUUACCUCGUCAUAUCCUUCGUCACACUCGCUGCAUUUUAUUCUGUUCUGCAAGCCUUUUACCAAAAGAGAUUGCCCCCACUCCCUCCCAUUGAUAGAUUAAUGGAGUAG